AUCACCCUCAACAGCCCGUUUGUCCACAUUUGGCUCACCUAUACCACUCGUAUAUAUACUAUAUAUACGGCUUAUACGGUAUAGACAUCGAUAUAUAGACUGACUGUGCGUUUUGUAUGGUAUAUACUGCGUGCGAGUGAGUGGGGAAAGGGCUGUUGUGGUGGACAGACAUGUCUUCGUCCAAAGACUUCCAGGAUAUUCAACAGCAGCUCAAGAAGACUAUCGUCGCCCAUCAGAACCCAGUCCUACAGAAGGAAUUACACGAAUUGACGACAAGUAUUAAGAAGCUAUCGGAGGAACAGAGAACGAAAAUCCAAUCAUUGAAACAACAGAUUGUCUUAAAGGAGAAGCCAUCGAAAGAGCAGAACCUCGAGAACGAAGUGCUCAACAAUGGCUUAAGUAAUAACACAAACAGUAAUAAUAGCGUCAAAAGCGAGUGCCAACUGAAGCCGAUCACGAACCGGCCGGCGCUCAUCAUACCGCAGCUCAGCCACAAAGGCGUGUCGCUGAGCGCGCAGUCAAUCCGACGGCCGGCGCUGGCCAUUAAGUCGAUCACCGGUCAGACCCAGUUCCUGGUGCCGGUGCCGCACAGUUCCAACAAGAAUAAGCUGGUGGUGGUGCCCAAGCAGAAGGUACUCAACUUUAACCAGUAUCUCAAGCCCGUGGUGAAGAUGCCGACCCUCACGGCCGCUCAGCCGCUGCGCUCGAGUCACGCGAAUACGACGGCAGCGACGCCUCCGCCGCAGAUGCACACGAGAGCCUCGGCCGACGCCCAGUCACUGUUGAUCCGGUCGGCGAACGUCAAGUCACCCAAAGUGCCACUAAACAGGAGCUUAUCGGGCGCCAGGAGUGCACCCAAAAUGCUGACGGAUAAGCAGUCGAAGGACCUGUUUAUGAUGUCUUUAGGACUGGUCACCAAAGAGUCAUUGGCCGAACUCCAGAGCCGCAAAUGUGAGCGCAAACGGCGGACGACAGCCAACCCCCAGUUCUCGUCGGCGGCACUCGAAGCCAAACGCAUCACAAAACUAGAGAUCGCCGAACGAAAGGCCAAACGCCGGCUACUCAACAACGGCGACACCGGGAGCUCACACACGGGGUCGGCGACCAACCCGCACAUCACACCGCCGGCCGCCGGUCCCCAUAUGCCGGCUCUCAAUAAGACCAACACUCAGACCGUCAAUAAUAACGCCACGAAUCCCAAGUCAAUUGGUGUCGAGCAGCAGGAAAUAUCUCCCGGUAUGUGCUGUCUGUCCUCUCACCUGUGGACUACAUGCCUGUCCCCUAUUGUCGCAGAAUUGAGUUAUUGCGACAAUGAUUGCUUAUAUAUCGUGACGACAAUCGGCAAACAAUUGUCGGCCAACUGUUUUGUGUGCGAAGAGCUGUGCGAAUGUGACUGCGAUUCCAUACUGUUCUGUAAGCCCUGUAAGACACUGUUCCACGCCAUGUGCACCACCACUAAGACGGACAUCACCCAAAACAACGCACUCCCGAAGUGUCCCAAAUGCGAGACACAGCGCAAGAAGAACGAGGAGAAGUUGGCCCAAAAGCGAGAGGAAAGGGAUAAUCUGGUCGUCAAGAAGAAGGAGUUUGAGGACCAGUUGCUGCAAAUGAAGAGAGCCCUACAGACUCUCAAACUUAAGAUUAGAGAAAAGAGUGAAGAGAAGGUGAAUCUAGUGGCCAGUCAUGAGAUUGUUCAGCAAAAAGUGGACAAAAUCAUCGAAACGUUGAAAUUAGUUGAGGACACGAGUGAAUGGGAGGACGGGUUCGCAGCCGGACUCCAGGCCACGGCUCCCAACGGCUCGACAGUCGCACAAACACUACACAAGACGUUGACGAGUAAGCCAUCCAUUCAGAUGUUGUCGUCGGUGUCGGUGUCCGUCGAUGAGGUGGUGGACGACGAGGAGGAGCUCGACGAUGAAGAGGCCGAUCAGGAUAUGGAGGCCAUGGAUGACGAGUCGCGCAAAGCGGUCCAACAGUUAGAGCGACUCAAUAAGGCGUCCGAAGAGGACGAGUUGAACGACGAGGAAGAGGAGGAACAGGAGCUCAUGGAUACGGAUGAGGCGAAUAAGAGGUACGCACUGGAGCUCCGGUGCGAUGAGGAGGUGCGGCUCGAGUCGUCGCCACUGACAGUGAAGGGCGAUGAGGAGGAGCAGACGCCGACGACGCCUACCGGUGCCGAGACCUCCGGCAUCGAUAUAGUGGAGGAGUCGGACGACCGGCACAUACAGGAGGAGACCAAAGAGGAACUGUACGAACUGGAGGAAUGCCAUGAGACCAGACCCGAGAUGUACGAGAUAUACGUGGAGGAAGUGCAUGACCACAAUGUGGGUGAUAUGGAGGCCAUGGACUCUGAGAACGUGGGCUUCUUCGACACCGAAGUGGUGGACCCGACGUCCGACUCGCAGCACAUGAAGGGCCACGAGUUCAGUAGUCAAGAGGAGCAUCAGGUUAUGCUUUAUUAACAUUAAAUUAAUUAUUAAUUUAUUUAUUUAUAAUUUAAGUGUAAAAAGAGUUUUGCAAAAAAGUAAUUAAAUUAUAUAUUAUUAUUAUAAAUGAAAAA